CUGAUAUUUUCUUUAGGACUUUUGUUCUGUCAAUUACAAUGAAGGGAUGGAGUCGACUUAUAGGCAAAGUCUCUUAGCUUCCUGUGGAUGUGCAAAUCAUAUAUUCCGGAUUUCAUUUCCACGCUACUUUCAUCGCGAAGUUCUUCAUUAUUUCCAAAUAUAUGGGCUCCACUCAAAACUUUACAACAAAAAAGUUUUUUGUUUUUUGUUUUUUAAUAGAGAAACUUAAAAUGCAAUGCAAACCAAAGAGUAAAGCGUUGGUAAAGAAGAAGAAGUGGCGAUUGAGCACAUCCAUUUUCAUCUUCAUCAUUUCCGAGGUCCCAUCGUGCUUGUAUAAGUUUGGUGUAAGUGCUAGAUUUAUAAUGGCUUACAUCCCACCGCACAAGCGGCAUUCAAAGGAAUCGGAGAGCCCGUUGCCAACUCCGGAGCUACUUGCUCCUCAAUUCAAGAAAAAAUUGAAUUUGCGAUCAUCUAAGUCUAAUGCGGAUUGGGAUGGAAUGGUAAUUUAUGCAAACCAUGCUAGAUCGAGAUGGUGCGUCAUUGGUUUGGAUGAUGAGAACCAGUUUCCAUCUUCUGUUAAUCUUGAGCCCAUUUCCUUGGAAACCACUGAGAGUAGAACUGGAGAAAAGCGUCUAGCUUUAAUUAAUACUAGUCUAGAUAAGGAAGUUAGUGAGGUGAAAUGGUACUUGCCAAAGAGCCCUUGGGUAUCGUUAGCAGAAAAUGUGCUGGAAGACCUACUUUCUUCUUUUGAAAAUGUGAAGAAUGAUAUGAAGUGCCCAAAGCUUGAACAAGUAAAGCCGUCGUUGGUUGCUAGAGUGGGAAAAGUACUUUUUCAGAGGAGCCCUUCAGUUAACAUGGAAUCUAUCAGAAAUAAUUUGGAUACUGAAAUCUUGAAACAGUGGAAGAGGUCAUUUUACACGAAUCUUCCUGUUUCAUAUAAGGAAAACAUUCUAAAGGAAGUUGUCCCAAACAUUGGAGUUGAUUUUGAAGAGGAGAAAGAUGGAUACCGAGUAAAGUUAUCCGAUUCAACAAGACCAGAUUCAAUUCUCUCCUGCAAAUGUAGUGUAAUGAAAGAACAUGGAAAGCUACAACUUUACAAGAUUGAACUAAAUCAACUUCGUGACAUGGUCAUAGACAUAUCAUGCCCUAAUAAGAAUCUGGACCUGAGAGUGAUGCUAUGCACAAAGAGACCUGUAACAGCUCUGAGUGAUGACGAGAUGCAAAGCAUUAGGGAUCUGAUUAGUUCUGCGGUUCUAGAUCCAGAUGUGAAGGGUGGGUUGAGAUGGCCCCUGGGGAAGGAGUCUUCUGGAGAUAGAUACAAAGUUGUUGGGAUUUGGCACGUAAUAGCUAAUAUGUAUACAAAUCCAUCAUUAAGACUGAAGGUAAGACAUGCUGAUCGAUUUGAUUUUAGGACCUCAACUGGGGAAGCUACCUGGGAGGUUAGUCUGAUGUUGAAAAAGGUCGUGUCAAAGUUACAGGUAAGUGCCUGCCUUUUCUCUGGGAUAUUUUCCUAUUCCCACUGUAUAUACUAUAUUCGUCUAGGCAUUGGAGAGACCUCAUUUUUGUCUGACUUCAGUGUGCUACUAGAAUUCAAUAGUUCUGAAUUUUUAAGCUCAACCAGCAUUUUAAAUCAUGCUUGCAAAACCGUCCUCUUCCUCCUCAUCUUCUUUAAAUAAAUAAAACGUAGUGCUAGUACUGUGCUAUUAAUAAGGAUGAUGUCUCAUGGAACAAAUAUCCAUUCAGCAUCAACUGAAUAAAAUUGUAGUUCAGACCUCUUCUGAAAAUUGGAUAGUUUCCCCUCAUAGUUACUAGGGUGAUGCUUAUUUAGCUUUGCCUCAAUGACAUUGAACUUGAUUAUUCGUACAAUCAUCAAAGAUUUAGCUUUACCUCCUUUUCUUUCAAUUUUCAGGAAGAGAAGGUUGAAGUCAGCUCGAUUUCUGAAAUUCUCGAGGAAAAUAUGAGGAUGAUAUGGGACAACUUCUUGUGCUCUGAACAUUUUCUAAUAUGAAAUCGCAUGUUGUGAAUCACUGUAUUCUAAGUCUUCCCUUUUCCACAUAAACUAAUGGCAUCACCUUCGCUGGAAGGCUUUAUUUGCCAAAUUAUUGCCAUGGUGACAGACACAAUUAUAUGUUUGUAUUAUACACUAUAGAUAUUCAUAUAUAAGCAACAAAAAUAUCAAAUUACAUA